UUGAUGGAAGAAAGACGGGACAACUUCUUGUCAGCAAACAACACUUACAGUUUACAAUUCUUGGAACGCAAAAGACCCGUGUGAAAAUCCCCGAGGAAGGAUACAACGUCGUACAGAACUUAAUUAAGUUUAUAUCGCCGCCGCCACGCUUUUUAUGUCUAAAGUGCAUGGUUCUAGUGGGGUAUAAGUGGUUCACUACAAAAUGGAAAGUGUUUGAAAUGACAGUCGGUACAGUGAGGAUAAAGCAUAAUAACAUUGUCUUAAUUUACGUUCCAACAAGAUGAUUUACUUGCACAGCGGACUUGCACAAACUUUCUCUCCAAUUUACUUUUUGGUUGCAGCGGGGAUCUUGGCGAUGUUUGACAACAGUAAAACAUUUGGAUUUGAACAAGAGACGGAGAGCUUUCUACAGGGGCUUCCGCAGUACGAGGUCGUUCACCCCUACCGAGUGGACGCCAAAGGUCACUUCCUGUCCAACUUUGUGUCCCACCGCGUCAGCCGAGUACAGCGGCGGGAAACCCAGGGGGAACCAGGAAACCCUACACGGGUGUUCUACCAGUUGCAGCACGGUGGCCACAAUCUGCACUUCAACCUCACCCUCAACCCACACCUGCUGGCUCCUGGCUUCCUGACUGAGAGGAGGUACGGUGGCCUGGAGGGGGCCAAAAUACACAGCCAAGGCCCCUCGCUGUGCCACUUUAUCGGGGACGUGUGGGACCUGGCGACUAUGAAGGGGAGGGCGGCUAUAAGCACUUGUGACGGCCUGACAGGGCUGUUCAAGCUGUCCCAGGAGGAGUUCUUUAUCCGGCCAUUGGAGCGGUCUAGUGAUGAGUCGACGGCACCACAAGUCCACAUUAUCUACAAGCGCCACACCUCCCCCACCCAAAGCCAGUUGGUACAGCCCAUCUCUGGAGACCAUACCACCAACGGUACCUGUGGGGUCAAAGAUCCCGCUGCGGCGUUGGAGCGUGUGGAGAGGCAACGGGAGCGCUGGGAGAGACGCCAGCGGAGGAAGAGGAGGAUACGCCAGCGUUCCAUCAGCAGGGAGAAGUGGGUGGAAACGCUGGUGGUGGCCGAUUCCAAGAUGGUGGAGUACCACGGCACCAAGGGCGUGGAGAGCUACGUACUGGCUGUCAUGAACAUCGUGUCAGGGUUGUUUCUCGAUGCCAGCAUUGGAAACCCCAUCAACAUCGUAGUGGUUCGUCUGAUCCUGCUGGAGAAGGAAGAGGAAGACCUGAAGAUCACCCACCACGCUGACAACAGCCUGAGCAGCUUCUGUAAGUGGCAGAAACGGCUCAACGUGAAGGGAGAAGAAGACGCGGUCCAUCACGACGUGGCCGUCCUUCUCACCAGAAAGGACAUCUGUACGGCCAUCAAUAAGCCAUGUGAGACCCUGGGCCUGUCUCAUGUGGCAGGCAUGUGUCAGCCCCACCGCAGCUGCAGCAUCAGUGAGGACACGGGCCUGCCGCUGGCCUUCACCAUCGCCCACGAGCUCGGGCACAAGUAA